AGAUAUGCACUUUCAUUGGUUAGUUUAAAUUCUCACCAGCGCGCAUGUGCCUCGAAUGUUUCGCGUGUUUUUAUCUGUUUGCAGUGAUCAUUUCGUAUUUAACCAAGCACUAUCAUUUUUGCAACAAUCAAACACACGUUUCCUCGAAUUUCUGACAACUUUCAUCUAAUUAAGUAAAGCCUUAAUAAUGACGACCGAUUCGCAGCGUUUGCCUCAAAUGGAAAUAUUUCAUCGGGUUCUCGAUCUGCCGACAAUUGAAUUUGCCCUUUCAAAAUCGGCAAGUACUUAUUCUCGGGUGAAAGAUUCGUAUCAAUUGUUAAAUUGGGCUCUAUCGACUGCUGAAUAUUCUCUAACGAGAGCAACAAAGCAAGCAGUGCCAAUUGCAGUUCCAAUCGCCAGGAAAUUUAAAACCCCAAUACACUUCGUUGACCACACUCUCUGUCUGGGUCUCAAUAAAAUCGAAGAAAAAGUGCCUUUGGUCAAGGAGCAACCCGAACAGAUUCUGGAAAAUGCGUACAUGCUAGCUUUGCAAACAAUGCAACCUGCGGUUUCGACAAUUUCACAUGCAAAUGACCUAAUUAUAUCGCAAGCCACAUCCCUGAAGGAAAUCAGUUGGAACAAAGUUAAUCAAAUUUUAAGCACACAUUAUGGAUCCGUUGCUGUGCAGAGCAUUGACAGUACUGCAAUUAUUGUCGAUAAACUUAUUGACAGAUAUUUCCCUCCCAUUGAGGAAGAACAAAUUUCCGAAUCAAUUAUCGCUGAAGAUGACAAACUACUUCACACUCUACAAACAAUGGGACGAAUUUCAAACAAGGCGGCACGACGUGUUUAUGCAAAUGUGGUCUAUCAUUAUCGGACAUUGAAUAAAGAUACUUUAAAAGCCUAUGUUGGUAGUCUCGUGGAAUUUCUUCAUAUCACACGUUAUUUGCAUGGAAUCAACGGUAAAGUGCAAACAAUUAAAACGCCGCCAACGAAAUCGAAGGAGAAGACAAAUUAAUAAUUCAUCGCGUACAUUUUAUUUCUCUGCAAAUUUAGCAUUGAUAUUUAUAUUUAGUUUUCAUAUAAUUAUCAUUUGCUACGUCUUUAUACAUUUUUGCCUCAUUUUCACAGACACAAGGGACAGAAGACAAUCAAGAUUCAAUAGUAUCAUGAUUUAUGAUCGUAAUCGAUUGGAAUGUUUAGGUUAAAAAAUUUGUUUUUGUUAUAGGUUAAAAAGUUGAGGAAAAGAGAUUUUUAAAUAUAGUAUUUUAGAAUAUUAUAAAAAUUUUAUUAUAACGUCUCGCGACGGAUUAAUAUU